AUGGAAACUACAUUAGCAUUAAACAUGAAAAGCAUUGCAUGCAAUUCGUGUUCAGUUUUCGCUUCAAACAAGUCGAGUUUUCUUCCUUUAAGAUACUUUGGAAAGUUCAUCAUCUUUCAUGUUGAACUUGAAUCUGAAUCAGAGCAUUCAUUAAAUUUUCAUUUGAUUCAUUCUUCCAUCCUUCAUGGUAAAGCUUUGUCUCCUUCUGCCAAAUUUUGUGGUUAA